AUGUCCAGCAUCGCAUCUGCUUCGGCGAAUCAGGCCAACACAUUCGAGGACCUUAGCGGUAUCUCGACUUCAGCUUUUAGCAAUCCAUACGAUGCAUUGAUUGCAGCCUGUGAGGACGAUCCGGCAAGGAUCCAAGAAAAGUACCAGCUACAUCGCGCGACGAGAAACUCUCAACAAAAAGCCAAAAUCCUUCACGAAGAUUUUCCCGGAGUCACCAUAGAUCAGAUUCUUUUGCGAAAGUGCGAUCCCACUAUUGAACCUGGGUUCGAGGAUCCGCGCAACUGCUUCGUUUUCUGGGGGCGGCCAACGCACCACGUCAAAGACUUGAUACAUCGAGUACAGCAGGAGCUACGCACCGUCGCGCCUAACCUCUGGCUUAUGCCGCGGGACAAUCUCCAUAUCACGGCUUUGGAAGUGACGCACUCGAAAACUGCCCCAGAGAUUCAAAAACUAGUGGAUAGUGUACGAGAUAAGAUUCCAGCCAUGACCGACUAUACGUAUGAUCACCGCGCGCGUCUCAUCAAGCCUUUGAUUGGCUACGAUGCUUCGGCGCUGGCUCUAAGCUUCGUACCAGCGGCCGGGGAAGGACUGCAUGACGGCCGCACCCUAGAGGACGACAAGUUCACCUACCACCACCUCCGCCGAGACAUGUUUUCUCUAUGCCGCGAUGCAGGCUUGAAUGUCGACUCUCGAUACGUUGUGCCAUCAAGCCAUCUCACCAUCGGCCGGUUCAUCUAUUCCAAGGACUUUGAGAAUGAACAAGGCGCCUCCGAUCCGGAAAAGAUCAAGGCUCUGGUCAGUAAAAUCGAAGAGAUCAAUGACUGGCUCCAGAAAGAGUUUUGGCCGGAGCAUAACGACGGGAAGAUUCCUGACGGAGGAGAAUUCAAUUUGGGACAGGAGAAGGGACUGCACUGUGGCACGGGCACUCUCUGGUAUGGUGGUGGAGAAGCGGUACACCAAGGCAAAGGUUAUUGA